UCUCGGCGUCCGGCUCAGCGGCCUCGCCCUCUCCCACCGCAGCAUCCCUUGUUCCCACCGACGCAAAACCCUCGCGGACCUGAGAAACCCUAGAAAAGCGAUGGCCCCCGGUGGCGAGGCCAAGGCGAACCCAGGCGGAGGCGGCGGAGGUGGUGGGAGGAAGCGCAAGUUCCUCCCCCACGGGAAGCCGGUGCGGAAGGGGGCCUACCCGCUGCGCCCCGGCGUGCAGGGCUUCUUCAUCACCUGCGACGGCGGCCGCGAGCGCCAGGCCACCCGCGAGGCCCUCUCCCUCCUCGAUUCCUUCUAUGAAGACCUGGUGGAUGGGAAAGGAUCGGAUGAGAAACCCAAAGGCAUUCCUGACAAGCCAAUGAACAAAAAGAUAAAGUUUGAGGACUCUGAUUCCUCAGAUGAUGAGGAUAAAGACCAUUCUGUUGAGGAAGCUGACAACGGGAAUGGGAAUGAUGUGGAGAAAGGUGAAACUGCUCCAGCUCAGCAGCAACAGGAGGUACUUGACAGCUCUGUUCCUGCCAGUAAGGAUGAUGAGGAACAAGCAGGCACUGCUGAAGAACCAAGAGAAAAGAAGCAACGUGUGGAAGACCCUCCAGUUUCUGAACAGACAGAACAAAAGGAGGCUGCUGAUGAAACAAAGGAGUCCACUGAUGAACCAAAGGAGUCCACUGAUGAACCAAAGGAGUCCACUGAUGAACCAAAAGAGCCCACUGAUGAACCAAAAGAGCCCACUGAUAAACCAAAAGAUCCCACUGGUAAACCAAAAGAGUCCAGUGAAAGAAACAUUGAUGAUUUAAUUGAUGAGGACUUGAAAGAACUAGGAGACAGGAAAAAGAGGCUCUUUGCAAGCCUUGAGUCAGGCUGCAACGGUUGCAUAUUCAUUCAAAUGCAUAAAAGAGCUGGAGACCCUGGUCCAGUUGAGAUUGUACAAAACAUGAUGUCAUCGGCUGCUUCAACUCGUAAACAUAUGUCAAGAUUUAUUCUGCGAGUUUUGCCUGUUGAGGUGGCAUGCUAUGCAUCCGAAGAGGAAAUAACAAAAGCAAUCAGUCCCCUUGUUGAAAAGUAUUUCCCAACAGAAUGCCCAGGUCAUAAGUUUGCAGUGUUAUAUGAAGCAAGGUCAAAUACAGGAAUUGAUAGAAUGAAAAUUAUAAAUGCAGUAGCGAAAUCUGUACCACAACCUCACAAAGUUGACCUGAAAAACCCUGACAAAACUAUUAUUGUCCAGAUUGCAAAGACCAUAUGCAUGAUCGGAGUUGUCGAAAGAUACAAGGAGCUCGCAAAGUUCAACCUAAGGCAGCUGACCUCACCGGAGUCGGAGAAGUAGCUAUUGGGUGACAAGAUCUUCUGAGUCGGAGAAGUAGCUAUUGGGUGACAAGAUCUUCCAGGCAAACACCUGGACCCGCAGCAUCAGGUGGUUGGGCGUUAGCUAAUUAAAUUAUGAGUGACCGAACGUCGCCCUCGAUGAUUUGUUGAAGCCCAUAAGGCCGUUGAAAAGACACCCUGGAAUCUUUAAUGCUUCAUAGCGCGAGAACCUUGGUCAGUAGGGAUCUAGGGAUGUAGUACUGUGAUGGGUUUGCGACCAUGGGUGGUUAGUAGUUGCUGGUUAAUUCAUAUUUAUGCUUCCCACAUUUUGAUGUCAGAUUUUUAAGGCAAUAGAGAGAGUUGACGCCUUCGUGUGUGCAAGUAAUCUACACAGGCUCCUGAACAUUUUCUAUGGACGAAUAAAUUUUUCUAUACAUGGGACCUAUAAUUUAUAAGGCGAUGAUUUUUCAUACUGAA